AUGGCGAGCGACAAGCCGGAGCCGGCGGCGCUGCUGGGGCCGCCGGCCGUCGGGGCCGGGGAGCCGCGGGGGCCCAGGGGUCCCGGCCCCGCCGUCCUGGCCGCCGCCGCCGCCCUCAACCCCUCCGUCCCGCUCCGCAACAUCCGCAUGAAAUUCGCCGUGCUCGUCGGACUCAUCCAGGUCGGGGAGGUCACCAACCGCGACAUCGUGGAGACCGUCCUCAACCUGCUUGUUGGUGGUGAAUUUGACCUGGAAAUGAACUUUAUAAUCCAGGAUGCUGAGAGCAUAACGUGCAUGUCUGAGCUCUUGGAGCAUUGUGAUGUGACAUGCCAGGCAGAAAUCUGGAGCAUGUUUACAGCCAUUCUGCGUAAAAGUGUCCGGAAUUUACAGACCAGCACAGAGGUUGGCCUAAUUGAACAAGUAUUGCUGAAAAUGAGUACGGUAGAUGACAUGAUUGCAGAUCUUCUAGUUGAUAUGUUGGGGGUUCUUGCCAGCUACAGCAUCACCGUCAAGGAGUUGAAGCUUUUGUUCAGCAUGCUUCGAGGAGAAAGUGGAAUCUGGCCAAGACAUGCAGUUAAAUUAUUGUCAGUUCUUAAUCAGAUGCCACAGAGACAUGGUCCUGACACCUUUUUCAACUUCCCUGGCUGUAGUGCUGCGGCAAUUGCAUUGCCUCCUAUUGCGAAGUGGCCUUACCAAAAUGGUUUCACUCUUAACACUUGGUUUCGUAUGGAUCCAUUAAACAAUAUUAAUGUUGAUAAGGAUAAACCGUAUCUUUACUGUUUUCGAACUAGCAAAGGUGUUGGGUAUUCUGCUCAUUUUGUUGGCAACUGUCUAAUAGUUACUUCACUGAAGUCAAAAGGCAAAGGUUUCCAACAUUGUGUGAAAUAUGACUUUCAACCACGGAAGUGGUAUAUGAUUAGCAUCGUGCACAUUUACAACCGCUGGCGAAACAGUGAAAUUCGAUGUUACGUUAAUGGCCAAUUGGUUUCUUACGGCGAUAUGGCUUGGCAUGUAAACACAAAUGAUAGCUAUGAUAAGUGCUUUCUUGGAUCAUCAGAGACUGCUGAUGCAAAUCGAGUGUUCUGUGGUCAACUUGGGGCAGUAUACGUAUUCAGUGAAGCACUCAACCCAGCACAGAUAUUUGCAAUACACCAGUUGGGACCUGGAUAUAAGAGCACAUUCAAAUUUAAAUCUGAGAGUGAUAUUCACCUUGCUGAGCAUCACAAACAGGUCUUGUAUGAUGGGAAACUUGCCAGUAGUAUUGCCUUCACUUAUAAUGCUAAAGCUACAGAUGCUCAACUAUGCCUUGAAUCGUCCCCUAAGGAAAAUGCUUCUAUUUUUGUGCACUCUCCACAUGCACUGAUGUUACAGGAUGUGAAAGCUAUAGUAACACACUCAAUUCACAGUGCAAUUCACUCAAUCGGAGGGAUUCAAGUGCUGUUUCCUCUUUUUGCCCAACUGGAUAAUCGACAGCUCAAUGAUAGCCAAGUGGAAACAACAGUCUGUGCUACUCUUUUGGCUUUUCUGGUUGAACUACUUAAGAGUUCAGUGGCCAUGCAGGAGCAGAUGCUGGGAGGAAAAGGCUUUUUGGUCAUUGGCUACCUCCUUGAGAAGUCAUCUAGGGUUCAUAUAACCCGAGCUGUCCUGGAACAGUUUUUGUCCUUUGCGAAAUAUCUAGAUGGUUUAUCUCAUGGGGCACCUUUAUUGAAACAGCUUUGCGAUCACAUUCUAUUCAACCCUGCUAUCUGGAUACACACACCUGCAAAGGUUCAGCUCUCUCUGUAUACCUAUUUGUCUGCUGAAUUUAUUGGUACCGCAACUAUCUACACCACCAUAAGAAGAGUAGGAACAGUAUUACAGCUAAUGCAUACACUGAAAUAUUACUAUUGGGUGGUUAACCCAGCGGAUAGCAGUGGCAUUACUCCUAAAGGAUUAGAUGGACCUCGGCCAUUACAGAAAGAAAUCAUAUCACUUCGAGCGUUUAUGCUGCUCUUUCUGAAGCAGCUUAUAUUAAAGGAUCGAGGGGUCAAGGAAGAUGAACUUCAGAGUAUAUUAAAUUAUUUACUAACAAUGCAUGAGGAUGAAAAUAUUCAUGAUGUAUUGCAGUUACUGGUGGCGCUAAUGUCAGAACAUCCAGCAUCCAUGAUACCUGCAUUUGAUCAACGAAAUGGGAUUCGGGUGAUUUAUAAAUUGUUGGCUUCCAAAAGUGAAAGUAUUUGGGUCCAGGCCCUGAAAGUGCUGGGAUACUUUCUCAAACAUUUGGGUCACAAGAGAAAAGUUGAAAUUAUGCACACCCAUAGUCUCUUCACCCUUCUCGGAGAGAGGCUGAUGCUGCACACAAAUACUGUGACCGUCACCACGUACAACACACUCUAUGAGAUUUUGACAGAGCAAGUGUGUACACAAGUUGUACACAAGCCGCAUCCAGAGCCAGACUCUUCGGUGAAAAUUCAGAAUCCAAUGAUCCUUAAGGUGGUUGCAACCUUGUUGAAAAACUCCACACCAAGUGCAGAACUGAUGGAAGUUCGUCGCUUAUUUCUGUCUGACAUGAUAAAGCUUUUCAGUAAUAGCCGUGAAAACAGGAGAUGUUUACUGCAGUGUUCAGUAUGGCAGGACUGGAUGUUCUCCCUUGGCUACAUUAACCCCAAGAACUCGGAGGAACAGAAGAUUACGGAAAUGGUGUACAAUAUAUUCCGGAUUCUCCUAUAUCAUGCAAUAAAAUAUGAAUGGGGAGGCUGGCGUGUCUGGGUGGAUACACUCUCAAUAGCUCACUCGAAGGUUACUUAUGAGGCUCAUAAGGAGUAUCUCGCCAAAAUGUAUGAAGAAUAUCAAAGGCAAGAGGAGGAAAACAUUAAAAAGGGGAAGAAGGGGAACGUGAGCACCAUCUCAGGUCUCUCAUCUCAAACAACAGGAGCAAAGGGUGGAAUGGAAAUCCGUGAGAUAGACGACCUUUCCCAGAGCCAAAGCCCGGAGAGCGAAACCGAUUACCCCGUGAGCACGGAUAACAGAGACUUGCUCAUGGCAACGAAAGUAUCUGAUGACGUUCUUGGCCGUGCAGAUAGACCAGGAGGUGGUGUCCACGUGGAGGUUCACGACCUCUUAGUCGAUAUAAAAGCUGAAAAAGUGGAAGCAACGGAAGUUAAGCUGGACGAUAUGGACUUAUCACCUGAAACCCUGGUGACUGGGGAGAACGGUGCUCUCGUGGAAGUCGAAUCUCUUCUGGACAAUGUAUAUAGCGCUGCUGUCGAGAAACUCCAAAACAAUGUACACGGAAGCGUGGGUAUCCUUAAGAAAAGUGAAGAAAAGGAUAAUGGCCCGUUGAUAACACUGGCCGAUGAAAAAGAUGAACCUACCAAUAAUAGUACCUCAUUUCUCUUUGAUAAAAUACCAAACCAAGAGGAGAAACUUCUACCCGAACUUUCUACUAAUCACAUUAUUCCAAACGUGCAGGAGACACAAGUGCAUCUUGGGGUUAGCGAUGAUCUGGGCCUCCUUGCUCACAUGACGAGUAAUGUAGAUAUAACCUGUACGACCAACAUAAUGGAGGACAAGGAGUUUAAAAUUCACACGACUUCAGAUGGAAUGGGUAGCAUUUCUGAAAGAGAACUGUCUUCCUCUUGCAAGGGAUUGGAGUACUCGGAAAUGACUGCUACGGCCCUUGAAACGGAGUCUUCCGGAACCAAAGCGGCUCCUAAUAUCGAGGCGGGAAGUAUCGUGUCAGAUACCGAGAGGUCUGAUGACGGUAAAGAAGCAGGGAAGGAAAUUAGAAAGAUCCAGACGACGACUACAACUCAAGCUGUUCAGGGUCGGUCUAUCACCCAGCAAGAUAGAGACCUCCGAGUUGAUUUAGGAUUUCGAGGCAUGCCGAUGACGGAAGAGCAGAGGCGCCAGUUCAGUCCGGGUCCCCGCACGACGAUGUUCCGUAUUCCUGAGUUCAAAUGGUCUCCGAUGCACCAGCGGCUUCUCACGGAUUUACUCUUCGCUUUAGAAACGGAUGUUCAUGUUUGGAGAAGCCAUUCCACCAAGUCUGUGAUGGACUUUGUCAACAGCAAUGAGAACAUCAUUUUUGUGCACAACACAAUUCACCUGAUUUCCCAGAUGGUGGACAAUAUUAUCAUUGCUUGCGGAGGGAUUUUGCCUUUACUCUCUGCAGCCACGUCCCCCACCGGUUCUAAGACUGAAUUGGAAAAUAUUGAAGUGACACAAGGCAUGUCAGCUGAGACAGCAGUGACUUUCCUCAGCCGACUGAUGGCUAUGGUUGAUGUUCUGGUAUUUGCCAGCUCUCUAAAUUUUAGUGAGAUAGAAGCCGAAAAAAACAUGUCAUCCGGAGGCUUAAUGCGGCAGUGCCUAAGACUUGUGUGCUGUGUUGCUGUGAGAAAUUGCUUAGAGUGUCGGCAGAGACAAAGAGACAGGGUGAACAAAUCUUCCCUUAGCAGCAGCAAAACCCAGGAGACUCUCCAAGGUGGAACUGCAACAGCAGGCACAAAGACUCCUCUGGAAAAUGUUCCUGGCAACCUUUCUCCCAUUAAAGAUCCUGAUAGACUUCUUCAAGAUGUAGAUAUUAAUCGUUUGCGAGCUGUUGUUUUUCGUGAUGUGGAUGAUAGCAAGCAAGCUCAAUUUUUAGCUCUGGCCGUUGUUUACUUCAUUUCUGUGCUCAUGGUCUCCAAGUACCGGGACAUAUUGGAACCUCAGCGGGAAACUGCCAGGUCGCAGGCAGGUAGAAACAUCAGGCAGGAAAUCAAUUCACCAACAAGCACAGUUGUGGUCAUACCUUCUAUCCCUCAUCCAAGUUUGAACCAUGGAUUCCUUGCCAAGUUAAUUCCCGAGCAGAGCUUUGCCCACUCAUUUUACAAAGAAACUCCUGCAGUAUUUCCAGAGAGCAUCAAAGAAAAAGAGACCCCCACACCAGUUGAAGACAUUCAUUUGGAAGGCUCCAUGCCUCACACCGAUUCCGGAAUUGGUGAGGAGCAAAUGCCCAACAUCCUUAACGGGGCAGACCUGGAGAACAGCACAGGCCCGGAUGCCAUGAGUGAGCUGUUGUCUACGCUGUCCUCCGAAGUGAAGAAAUCACAGGAGAACUUACCAGAGAGCCCCAAUGAAAUGUUGAAGCCGGCACCGUCCAUAUCCAGCAUCAGCCAAAGUAAAGGCAUCAACGUCAAGGAAAUACUGAAAAGCCUCGUGGCCGCCCCGGUUGAAAUGACUGAAUGUGGCCCUGAUCCUAUUCCUUACCCGGAUCCUGCAUUGAAGAGGGAAGCUCAGGCUAUUCUUCCCAUGCAGUUUCAUUCCUUUGACAGGAGUGUUGUUGUGCCUGUAAAGAAGCCUCCUCCGGGUAGUCUGGCCGUCACCACCGUUGGAGCUGCUACUCCUGGAAGCGGACUGCCGGCAGGCGGCACCCCCAAUAUAUUUGCUGCUACAGGAGCUACACCAAAAAGUAUGAUUAAUACAACAGGUGCAGUGGAUUCAGGAUCCUCCUCCUCCUCCUCAUCCUCUAGUUUUGUAAAUGGUGCUACCAGCAAAAACCUUCCAGCUGUGCAAACUGUUGCUCCAAUGCCGGAGGAUUCAGCGGAAAAUAUGAGCAUCACUGCCAAGCUAGAAAGAGCGUUAGAAAAAGUUGCCCCCCUGCUUCGUGAAAUCUUUGUAGAUUUUGCCCCGUUCCUCUCACGUACGCUGCUGGGCAGUCAUGGACAAGAGCUGUUGAUUGAAGGCCUUGUGUGUAUGAAAUCCAGCACGUCAGUGGUUGAGCUUGUUAUGCUGCUUUGUUCUCAGGAAUGGCAAAAUUCUAUUCAGAAGAAUGCAGGACUUGCAUUUAUUGAACUCAUCAAUGAAGGAAGAUUACUGUGUCAUGCUAUGAAAGACCAUAUCGUUCGAGUUGCGAAUGAAGCUGAGUUUAUUUUGAACAGACAGAGAGCAGAGGACGUACACAAACAUGCCGAAUUUGAGUCCCAGUGUGCCCAAUACGCUGCUGAUAGACGAGAGGAAGAAAAAAUGUGUGACCAUCUCAUCAGUGCUGCCAAACACCGAGAUCAUGUAACAGCCAAUCAGCUGAAGCAAAAGAUUCUUAACAUCCUCACCAACAAACACGGUGCAUGGGGAGCCGUCUCACACAGCCAAUUGCAUGAUUUUUGGCGUUUGGAUUAUUGGGAAGAUGAUCUCCGCCGACGGAGGAGAUUUGUUCGCAAUGCAUUUGGAUCUACCCACGCCGAAGCCUUGCUCAAAGCUGCAGUGGAAUAUGGCACAGAAGAAGAUGUAGUCAAGUCAAAGAAAACUUUCAGAAGCCAAGCGGUCGUGAAUCAGAACGCUGAAACUGAGCUUAUGCUCGAAGGAGAUGAUGAUGCAGUCAGCCUACUACAGGAGAAAGAAAUUGACAAUCUUGCAGGCCCCGUGGUCCUCAGCUCGCCGGCCCAGCUCAUUGCCCCAGUGGUCGUGGCCAAGGGGACCCUCUCCAUCACCACCACGGAAAUCUACUUCGAGGUGGACGAGGACGACCCCGCCUUCAAGAAGAUCGACCCCAAAGUUCUUGCGUAUACAGAGGGUCUUCAUGGAAAAUGGAUGUUCAGCGAGAUUCGAGCUGUAUUUUCAAGACGUUACCUUCUACAAAACACCGCCUUGGAAGUUUUUAUGGCAAACAGAACCUCGGUGAUGUUUAAUUUUCCUGACCAAGCCACAGUGAAAAAAGUUGUAUACAGCUUGCCCCGGGUUGGAGUAGGGACCAGCUAUGGUCUGCCACAAGCCAGGAGAAUAUCCCUGGCCACUCCCCGACAGCUUUAUAAAUCUUCCAACAUGACUCAGCGCUGGCAGAGACGGGAAAUUUCUAACUUUGAAUACCUAAUGUUCCUCAAUACUAUAGCAGGCCGAACUUACAAUGACCUGAACCAAUACCCCGUAUUUCCAUGGGUUUUAACAAACUACGAAUCAGAGGAGUUGGACCUGACCCUUCCAGGCAACUUCAGGGAUCUGUCAAAGCCCAUUGGUGCUUUGAACCCAAAGAGAGCCGUUUUCUAUGCAGAGCGUUAUGAGACCUGGGAAGAUGAUCAAAGUCCACCGUACCAUUACAACACGCAUUAUUCGACGUCUACCUGUACGCUAUCCUGGCUUGUUCGCAUUGAGCCCUUUACAACAUUCUUUCUCAAUGCAAAUGAUGGAAAAUUUGACCACCCCGAUCGAACCUUCUCAUCAGUUGCCAGAUCUUGGAGGACUAGCCAAAGAGACACUUCAGAUGUAAAGGAAUUAAUUCCGGAGUUUUAUUACCUACCAGAGAUGUUUGUCAACAGUAAUGGAUAUAAUCUGGGAGUCCGAGAAGAUGAAGUCGUUGUCAAUGAUGUAGAGCUUCCUCCGUGGGCUAAAAAGCCAGAAGAUUUUGUCCGAAUAAACAGGAUGGCCCUGGAAAGUGAGUUUGUCUCUUGCCAACUUCACCAGUGGAUUGACCUCAUCUUUGGCUACAAGCAGCGAGGGCCUGAAGCAGUCCGAGCCCUCAACGUUUUUCACUACCUGACCUACGAAGGCUCCGUUAACCUGGAUAGCAUCACCGACCCCGUGCUCAGGGAGAUUCCGGAGGCAUAUUUUAUUAGAGAUCCUCACACUUUUCUUCUUACAAAGGACUUUAUUCAGGCCAUGGAGGCCCAGAUACAGAACUUUGGACAGACGCCAUCUCAGUUGCUCAUCGAGCCACAUCCGCCUCGGAGCUCUGCCAUGCACCUGUGUUUCCUUCCGCAGAGUCCUCUCAUGUUUAAAGACCAGAUGCAGCAAGACGUUAUAAUGGUGCUGAAAUUCCCCUCAAAUUCUCCGGUCACCCACGUGGCAGCCAACACGCUUCCCCACCUGACCAUUCCGGCGGUGGUCACCGUGACCUGCAGCAGGCUUUUUGCCGUGAAUAGGUGGCACAACACUGUAGGCCUCAGAGGAGCUCCAGGAUACUCUCUGGAUCAAGCCCACCAUCUUCCCAUUGAAAUGGAUCCACUGAUCGCCAAUAACUCUGGGGUGAACAAACGGCAGAUUACAGAUCUGGUGGACCAGAGCAUCCAAAUCAAUGCACAUUGUUUUGUGGUCACAGCAGAUAAUCGCUAUAUUCUUAUCUGCGGGUUCUGGGACAAGAGUUUCAGAGUUUAUUCUACAGAAACAGGAAAGUUAACGCAGAUCGUGUUUGGCCACUGGGACGUGGUGACUUGCCUGGCCAGAUCGGAAUCAUACAUAGGCGGGGACUGCUACAUCGUGUCUGGCUCCCGCGAUGCCACCCUGCUGCUUUGGUAUUGGAGCGGUCGGCACCAUAUCAUAGGAGACAACCCUAACAGCAGUGAUUAUCCUGCGCCCCGAGCUGUACUAACUGGUCAUGACCGUGAAGUUGUCUGUGUGUCAGUCUGUGCAGAGCUGGGACUUGUUAUCAGCGGUGCUAAAGAAGGUCCUUGCCUUGUACAUACCAUCACUGGAGACCUGCUGAGAGCGCUCGAAGGGCCGGAGAACUGCUCGUUCCCCCGCCUCAUCUCCGUGUCCAGCGAAGGCCACUGCAUCAUAUACUACGAACGCGGGCGGUUCAGCAACUUCAGCAUCAACGGGAAGCUCUUGGCUCAGAUGGAGAUUAACGACUCGACCCGGGCCAUCCUACUGAGCAGUGAUGGGCAGAACCUGGUGACGGGCGGAGACAACGGUGUGGUGGAGGUGUGGCAGGCUUGUGACUUCAAGCAGCUCUACAUUUACCCCGGCUGUGACGCUGGCAUCAGAGCGAUGGACCUGUCCCACGAUCAGAGGACUCUGAUUACGGGCAUGGCUUCCGGGAGCAUCGUAGCUUUUAAUAUAGAUUUUAAUCGGUGGCAUUAUGAGCAUCAGAACAGAUACUGAAGACCCGAAAGCCAAGCGAAAGCUGAGAGCACAAGCGCGACAACUAAUGGCGUCACCUCUGGUGGAAAAAACCCGUCCGCAUUGACCUCGGUUGUACAUUCCAUCACAUCCAGCAAUAGCUGUCCACUGUAGUCAGCAACCAUUUUCCUUUGUGUGUUUUUUUCACCACUGAACACCAGCUGCGACAAGGCAAGCUUCUCUCAUGUAAAUUGUAUGAAUUAGGAGAUGUUUUGGUAAUUAUUUCAUAGAUCUCUGUUUAUCGAGAAAAGGUCGUAGGAGGCGUCCCAAGAGACUUUUGAAAAUUCCGGGGAGCCCUGUGCCCGGCUUUUCCGACGUUGAGGCUCUGAACCUAACCUGCAUCCUGUGUCCAGCCUUUUCAAGCUAAGGAAGAAAAGAAAAGCAAAACAAAAAUCAGUUUGAUACUUUGUACAUCAGCUACAUCUUAACUUUAAAGGGAUACUUUUGUAAAAGUAAAACCUUGUAUAAAGAACAUUUUAUUGUGGAGUUACAACUUGCAUGUACUUUGAGGCUGACAUCGGGAUGGAUCCGGUGCCCCGCCAACUCAGCCAGCCGUCAGGCCGAGGGCACGGCUGGCGGCGGAAGGGUUGAGUCGGGGCUCAGUCAAGAGGGACCUUCUGACAUUUUCACCCACCCACACAGACACACACAAAAAACACAUGGUUUGCACUUUUUUGAUCUAAAUUUGCCCCUCCCAAGGGACGAUCUGCGCAUGCAGCAUUUGGAUAUUAAGCCAUUGUUUGCCAUUUUUCUACUUUCUACGAUACUAAUGAAACCCUUCCCUCCAUAAUUUGAAGACACAGAAGAAAGGCGGCUGUGGAAUCAGGUCGGUGGUUCUCCCAGCGUAGGCUAGAGCAGGAGUCCCGUCGGGUCCGGGCAGACUUGCCUGUGCGAGGGCCCGGCCGGGGAGGGAACGCCGGGCUGCAGCUUUUCCCUUUUUGUCCUCGGAAGAGCUACCGAGGCUCUUUCUAACGUCCCGAAGAAGUCUCGACUAAAGCCACACUUUUCAGCCUAGGGCAUUUCAUGUUUUACAAUACUAAACGGCGGCUAUCAAAAAGAUUUUUUUCACACAUUGUAUUUACUGAUCGAGUUACACACCCAGGGGUCUAUACACUUCAUGUUUCUUCUUUGUAUAUUUGGUGACUGUAUCGUCCUAGAUGUACAUAUUGUGUCAGUAGGGCUAUGAGGCAUGUAACAGGAAUGUAAUUUUCUCAGAAUUUACACUCACUUGCAGUCAUUUAUUUAAAAAGAUCAAAAAAACACAAGAUAAUGGAUUCUUUGUAUUGGCACUUUGCACCAGAAACAUAUCAUUUAUUUAUUGACGUGAUUACUUAUUUGUUACCCACCUUGUGUUAGUAAGUUUUAGCACUGAAUUCCUUCUCCAUGGUCGUUUGUAUUUAUGAGAUCCUGAAAUCACCGGGAAUCAGCGUAACGAUUAAGUUAUUCAUCACCGGUCUGUAAGCAAUAUCUUGAGUUUGUAGCUUAGAAUUGGGAGAAUACUGAACAUCUGGAAGACAAGUUCAUUUCAUCUUGAGAUCAUGGUGAAAUAUUUUGGAUAUCUAAAUUCCUUAAGCUAUCGUAACCAUGUUUUAUUGCAAAGAUGUAAAAUACGCCAGAUGUGUGUGAGUUGGAAAUCAAAAAUGAAAAAAUAAAAUAUGCAAAGAAUUCA